AUGAGUAAAAUACUUCCAAUUGUGAAUAUUGGUACAAAGUCAGGCAAAUUCAAAUAUAUUCUUGCUCAACUUGGUCAAAAAUAUUUAAUUCGUGCUGAUUCGACAGCUGAUUAUCAUGAAAAAAUAUUCAAAAAACUUCAAGAUGAAGCUGGUGGACCAUUAAAUGAUUUAUAUAUAUUAGGUGGUGGAAAAAUGCAAGUUGAUUUUGAAAAGAAAAAAAUCAAUCUAUUUGAUCAAUCAGAAGCAUAUGGUGCCGCUGAUCACAGAAAAUCAAAAACAAUUCUUCAAGAAAAAUAUCCUGAUUUUACCAUCGCACUUGGUCCUGCUGAUUCAAAUGCUAAAAAUUAA